AUUCUCGUUGCUGCGGGCUUAUAAGGUAGCCAUUUUCUUUCUCAUCGAUGCAAAUGAAAAUCGACCCAAAAGUUACAAAAAGUGGUGAUCCCGUCCUUGUGUGGUCCAGUUAAGAGGAAAUCUGGUGUUAAAGGUGCAUGUUCAGACCUGAAGUCCUGAGCCUGCAGAUCCGGCAGCUUGCUUCCCUCCUUUCCACCCGAGAAAACGAGAAGGCACCCCUGACAACCCCCAUCCCCCCGUCGGCUGCUGCGGCCCCAACAAGAUCGGACGUGAUCUCCGUGCAAGACGAGCUGAAUAACAGCAGUGACAGCGAAGGUACUGUACCAUGUACGAGGAGAGUGUUUGAUGGUCAGGACCAGUGUUUCCCAUCGGGUAGAAACGUCCGUAAAUCACGAUCUGCUGAAAGGUCUAAAGCCCGGAUGUUGAGCGGGAGAAUGAAGCGCCCUCUGGACGAGGAGGAGAACCCUGGCAGCAACAUGGAAGAUGCCCCCAAGAGACGUCGCGGUGAAGGUCCUCGCAUUGAACUCCGCAUACUGCUGCAAAGCAAGAAUGCUGGAGCAAUCAUUGGCAAGGGGGGUGCCAACAUCAAGAGGUUGAGAACUGAUUUCAAAGCCAGUGUUACAGUGCCUGAUAGCAACGGUCCAGAACGUGUGCUGACCAUCUCAGCUGAGCUGGGAACAGUGCUAGAGGCACUGAUGGACGUAAUCCCUUGCCUUGAGGAUCAGUACAAGAAUAAGCAUGGGGAGUAUGACUGCGAGAUCCGCAUGAUUGUACAUCAGAGUCAAGCUGGCUGCAUCAUUGGCAGGGCUGGCUUUAAAGUCAAAGAACUGAGAGAGAAAACUGGAGCAGGAAUUAAAGUAUACAGCACCUGCUGCCCUAACUCCACAGACCGAAUUGUUGGAAUCACUGGCAAACGCAAGGUGGUUGUUGGCUGUGUUGAGGAAAUCAUCGAGCUGCUGCAGUCGGCACCCCCAAAAGGCCCCAUUCAGCCAUACGACCCAUCAUUUUUUGAUGAGUUUGCAGCUCCUGAGUAUGGGGGCUACAUCUCCUCAGAAUCACGCAGCAGCAAAGGUCUUCCAAGGGGCUCUGUGGCCCCUGUGCCACCAGGCAUGCGUGGAGGAAUGAGAGGUGGCAGAAUGGGAGGCAUGGAUGACUUUGGAAUGGGCAUGGGUGGUGCUUUUGGAGGAGGCAUGCGUGGAGGUCGUGCAGGGUUUGGCCGUGGGGGCAUUGGAAACUUGCGUGGUGGCAUUGGCGGAGGUAUGGGAGGCAGCUUUGGAGGUAUGGGAGAUGGUGGCAUGGGAGAUGGACUUGGUAGCAGAGGAGGUGGCUUCGGCAGAAGUGGCAUGAGGGGCAAUUUAGGAGGUGGCAUGGGCCGAGGUGGCAGUUUGUUGGGUGGAGGCAGUGACCAUGGCAGCAUGCAGCAAAAUUUCAGUGGUGACUCGACUAACAUCAGUGGUGGUCAAGGCAUGUCCUUUGGAGAGGAUGGCACAGAGACAACACAGGUCACCAUUCCUAAAGAAAUGGCAGGAGCUAUCAUUGGCAAGGGUGGAGCUCGGAUCACAGAGAUCAGGCGACGAUCUGGAGCACAGAUUGUGAUUGAUGAAGCUUUACCUGGAUCCAAUGAGCGCAUAAUCAGCAUCACUGGAACCCCAGAACAGAUACAGAAUGCUCAAUACAUGCUGCAGCUCAGUGUCAAGCAGCAGUCAGAUGGUGGAAACUACUAGCUGAACAUCGCCUGCGAACAAAAUCACAGGCCUUUUGUCAGCACCCACGUUUCUUCUUUUAAUUCUUUAAUACUACUUUAAGAACAGCUCAUGUCGCUGGUCAUGCCAUAACUGUGCACUACUCCUCGGCUCUCGCUCAUAGCCAUCAGGCAGCAUGCAGAACACUGGCCAUCCACACUCAUUAUCAUUCAUUAAUCACACUUUCUGUUAUCUCUGGCUGGAUCCUUUGGUAUGAAAAGGUGAGCACUACCAGCACAGAUUGGCUAUUACAGACUGGAAGCUGCGGUGUGUACUUCUCUCAAAAGUUUAAGCAUAUUGGAUUCUUUGUGACCUGGGACGUUUUAAGUUUUAAAAUGCCAUGAGUGGAAGAGAUUAAUUUUUAUGAGGAUUGUGUAACUGUUUUUGGUGAAGUUUGCUCUCUGCUGUUGCUCAGCAUGUAUUAUUGAAAUGGUGGGCAACUUGUUUUACACAUUAUUUCUUUCUCUCUCACACUGUCAAAACAGGAAUGAUUAUAAUGUAGUCUCUAAUUGUUACUAAGCCAGUUGAUGGAAGUUAUGGCACAAGUAUUGCAGAAUAAAAUAUGAAAGUUUA